AUGGGAACCGCAUUUAGAAUUAUAUGUUUAAUUCUGGCCUUUCAUAUUGUUUUUGAACAGAGUACCAUUAAUGCUUCCAGAUUCAAGUUUACCAACUUUGUUUGUGAUUCAGUGGAUGAAUCUUGGAUUUCGGUGCACAAAUGUCGUUUAAAAGCCAUUCGCAGGGACAAAACUACACUGAGUUUUAACGGGACUCUGCGGAAAACUGCCAGAAAUAUCCGAGUACACGGUCAAAUUUUCAAGCGGGCCAGUGGUUUUAAGCCGUGGCUCUACAACAUCACAAUCGAUGGCUGUCGAUUUUUGCAGAGGCCCUAUAAUGCGCCGGUAAUACUUGUUUAUAAUCUUUUUAAACAAAUUUCCAAUUUAAAUUUCACAUGUCCCUACGAGGGUCCAGUUUACGUAAUGGGUUUCCAUCUCUCAGGAGAGGGAGUUCCGGUCCCGCUUCCCUCUGGGGAAUACCUAAUUUCAAUAAAGUGGUACAUCGAUAAGGUACUUAUACUUUCUACGGGCAUAUAUUUUUCGUUCGAAGAGAAUUUAUCAUGA